UGGUCGUAGCAAAGCAGCAGCUGUGCGCUAUCGGUAGUAGGCGUUUCAGUGAUUAGCGAAUCGGUUCAAGUUCAAGCUUGCUUUCAGCCGUGAAGAUGAAAACGAUCGGUAGCUACGUAAGUUUGAUGCUGGUGUGCCUUUUCGGGACCAUUAGCAUCAGCGAAGGUGUAAUUUUUACCAAGACGUGCCUGCAAUUCGAAGAGCAGUAUACAUUCAAAGAGAAAAUGUUCAUGGGCAAAUGGUACGAGGUUCGUCGGUUAUACGAUCCCACCGAUCCGGAGCAGGAAGAUUGUGUCGUGAUGAGCUUUAAGUUGCUUGAAAAGGGAGCCUUUGACAUCCUGAAAUCCUUCCAAAUGACCAAAGAUGGCCUACCAAUCUACGCCGGCGGUAAAGCAGAACCAAGGGUGUUCCACGAGUCACGCAUACCACAGUUCUUCGAGCGCUUGAAUACGACCAAUGCGGCCGAUCCAGACACAUCCGUUGACAUCGUGACGACCGACUACGAAAACUAUGCCAUCCUUUAUUCCUGCACUGCGAUCAACUCAACGCACCAUCUUGAAGCGUCAUGGGUACUGUCGCGUUUGCCGACAUUGGAAAAGAAGGAAGACCAGAUGGUGGAUCUCUAUUUGCAAAGAUGGUUCAAGCGAUCGGAUCACGAAUGGCGCGCCACGGUACAGAUGCCCGAGUUCUGUAAACCCUCAAUCGUGGAUGGCUCGAGUCACUCGGGCGCUAGCGCCAACUAUCUACCGUUAGUUUCUCGAAUGCUGCUUUUGUUUGUAAUGCUACCGGCAGGCGCAUUGGUUCAACGAAUUCUUGUUUAACCUAUACCAUCACAUACGAAACCUCCACCGAUAAAACAAGUAAUAUUGAAAAUUGUACAUUAAGGCUAAAGUAAAGCAAGUAAUUUUGUGGUGCUUUCUUUUGGAAUGAAUUUCUUGAAGAGUUGCUA